CCUCCUCUUCUUCUCCCCCCUCGUUUCCCCCUCCUUUGUGAGCCGAGAUGGCGCUGAGCCUGGACCCAACCGGCUGCUGAGCCUCCUUCCCUCCCUCCUUUUCUCCUUCCCUCCUUUUUCUCUCUUUCCUCCUCCUCCUCCUCCUCUUUCCCCUUCCCUUCUUCCCCUUUUCCCGCAUCCCCAAAGGCUCAGACGCAGCGCGGAGAGGACACGGGAGAGAUACAGGUGCCCUCUGAUCUGCCGGAUCGGCAUCGCUGCUGAUUCCCAAUGCCUGACGGGACCCGCAACCACCCCGUGCCUCGAUAAGGCCCUCCUGGCAUGAGCUACAGCCUGCUCCACGGCCCCAAGAUGAUCUCUCGCAAGAAGGGCUUCCUCCUCCUCAUCCUGGCCUUCAGCACAGUCACGUUGCUCUUCCGCCAAAGCGCCCACCUCAGCUGGUUCCCAAAGUCUUCCCCCUUCGGCUGCGGCCCACUGCUCUCCUCGCGGCCCAAGCACACCGCCGUGGCCUUCCUGAAGACCCACAAGACAGCCAGCUCCACAGUCCAGAACCUGCUCUUCCGCUUUGCCGAGCGGCACAACGUGACGGUGGCACUGCCCCACCACGCUUGCGACCACCAGUUCUGCUACCCCCGCAACUUCUCGGCCCGCUUUGUGCACCCUUACACGCUCCCGCCGCGGGUCAUCGCCAGCCACCUGCGCUUCAACGGCGGGGAGCUGCGCCGCCUCAUGCCCAACGACACCAUCUACAUCACCAUCUUGCGUGAGCCGGUGGGCAUGUUUGAGUCCCUCUUCAGCUACUACAACCAGUAUUGCCCGGCCUUCAAGCGCGUGCCCAACGGUUCCAUGGAGGCCUUCCUGGACGAGCCAUACCGCUAUUACCGCCCGCACGAGAAGUUUGCCAUGUACGCUCACAACACCAUGGUGUACGACCUCGGCGGCGACCCCGAGCGCAACCCGGACCACGAUCCGGCUUACUUGCCGAGGUUCGUCCGCCAAGUUGAAAGCAUCUUCUCCUUGGUCAUGUUGGCCGAGUACUUUGACGAGUCCUUGGUCCUCCUCCGCCGGCUCUUGGCGUGGGAUCUGGAGGACGUCUUGUAUGUUAAGCUGAACAUGCGCAGCCCCGAGUCCAAGCUCAACAUCACCUCUCCCCACUUGGUGGAACAGAUCCGGGCCUGGAAUGCCCUGGACGCCCGGCUCUACGACCACUUCAAUGCCACUUUCUGGCGGAAGAUGGGCGAAGUGGGGCAGGAUUGCGUCCGGAAGGAGGUGCGGGCCCUGCGCCAGGCUUGUGGGCGCCUGGCCCAGCACUGCUUUGGUGGACAGCCCCAGCUGCGCCCAGCCAUGCAGAUCAAGAACAAGGAGCUGCGGCCUUGGCAGCCCAGUGCCAAGGUGGACAUCGUGGGCUACGACCUCCCCGGGUCGGGGCCGCCUUCCGACGAACUGUGCCUCAAGCUGGUCAUGCCUGAAGUCCAGUAUUCCCGCUACUUGUUGAGGAAACAGAGCUUGAAGAACCGGCGGAGGGCCGCGGCACACCGGUCACUCUCGCCCCGGGGACUGCUGCGGCCUCCCAGGCAUCCGGUCACCAAAGUGGCCUGAAUGGGUGGACGGAAGAGCAGGAACGUGGGCUCCGUUUCUGCCUUUUCAAAAAGUCCGGUCAUCUCUCAUAAUGUCCCAUGAGUGGGGCACAUGUUUGCACAAUGGGGGAUGCGUGACAACCACGGGAAAGCUCAGGACCUAGACGUCUGGGUGGAAAAUGGGACUUGGAUUAUUUCCUUUGGGAAAGCUCAGGACCCAGACGUCUGGGUGGAAUAUUGGACUUGGAUGAUUCGGGGAUUGAGGGAUAUUUUGACCUUUGGGAAAGCUCAGGACCCAGACGUCUGGGUGGAAACGAGACUCUCCCUUGGAUGAAUUACGAUGCACCCCAUUGAGCCCUCUGACUCUGGAGUUGUGGGAUAUUUUGACCUUAUUUAACCCCAUGGGAAAGCUCAGGACCCAGACGUCUGGGUGGAAACAAGACUCUCCCUUGGAUGCAUUACGAUGCACCCCAUUGAACCCUCUGACUCUGGAGUUGUGGGAUAUUUUGACCUUAUUUAACCCCAUGGGAAAGCUCAGGACCUAGACGUCUGGGUGGAAAAUGGGACUUGGAUGAUUUCCUUUGGGAAAGCUCAGGACCCAGACGUCUGGGUGGAAAUGAGACUCUCCCUUGGAUGCAUUACGAUGCACCCCAUUGAGCCCUCUGACUCUGGAGUUGUGGGAGAUUUUGACCUUAUUUAACCCCACGGGAAAGCUCAGGACCCAGACGUCUGGGUGGAAACGGGACUCUCCCUUGGACGCAUUGUUUCCGGACUCUUUCCGAGCCUCUAUUUCCGCCUCGUUCCUCCUUUGCCUCUAAGGGGAUCUUACCUCAAAGUGGGACCUUAUUUAAAAAUAGCCUUCCAGACAUGGGGCUCCGCUAUGGGUUCCCCUUGUAUGCGCUUUUCUCGGGAGGGUUUACAUUGUGGUUUCAUCCACUUCUAGUCUUCCCAAUGCACCCCUCGGCAUAUAUUAUUACUCAGCUUUUGAGUCCCAUUUGGGAAAAAGGUGGGAUAGGAAUAAAUGUUUGGGAGAAAGCUGCCGUUGUCACCCUUUAAAAAACCCACAAAAUAUAAAGGCAAAGUUUUUUGUGUUAUUAUUCACAAGAAGAUGGCUUGAUAUCCCUUUCGUCCUUUGAAACAAGGUUUUUAAUUUAUUUUAAACAGUAUAUAUAUGUGUACAGUAGAGUCUCACUUAUCCAACAUAAACGGGCCGGCUGAACGUUGGAUAAGCGAAUAUGUUGAGUAAUAAGGAGGGAUUAAGGAAAAGCCGAUUAAACAUCAAAUUAGGUUAUGAUUUUACAAAUUAAGCACCAAAACAUCAUGUUUAACAACAAAUUUGACAGAAAAAGUAGUUCAAUGUGCAGUAAUGCUAUGUAGUAAUUAUUGUAUUUACGAAUUUAGCACCAAAAUAUCACAAUGUAUUGAAAACAUUGGCUACAAAAAUGCGUUGGAUAAUCCAGAACGUUGGAUAAGCGAGUGUUGGAUAAGUGAGACUCUACUGUAUAUGUUGUCGAAGGCUCUCAUGGGCGGAAUCACUGGGUUGCUGUGAAUUUUCUGGGCUGUCUCGCCAUGUUCCAGAAGCAUCCUCUCCUGACGUUUUGCCCACAUCUAUGGCAGGCAUCCUCAUAGGUUGUGAGAUCUGUUGGAAACUAGGCAAGUGGGGUCUAUAUAUCUGUGGAAUGUUCAGAGUGAGAGAAAUAACUAUUCUGUGUUUGAGGCAAGCCUGAAUGUUGCAAUUAGUAUUGAAUGGCCUUGCAGAUUCAAAGCCUGGCUGCUUCCUGCCUGGGGGAAUCCUUUGUUAGGAGUUGUUAGCUGACCCUGAUUGUUUCUUGUCUGGAAUUCCCCUGCUUUCUUUAUUUACUGUCCUAAUUUUAGAUGUUUUUUUAAUACUGGUAGCCGGAUUUUGUGUCAGACAACACAGAGAAGCCACUGAAAUGCACAAGCAUGUGGACAAUUUCAACAGAAAGGAGGAAACCAUGAAAAUGAACAAAAUCUGGCUACCAAUAUUUUAAAAAACCCAAAAUCAGGACAGUAAAUAAAGAACAACACUCAGAAAACAGAGAAAUUCCAGACACACAAACAAUCAGGGUCAGCUAACACUUCCCAACAAAGGAUUCCCCCAGGCAGGAAGCAGCCAGGCUUUGAAUCUGCAAGGCCAUUCAAUGCUAAUCAAGCUGGAUAAUUGCAACAUUCACACAUGCCUCCAACAGAUAAGAGGUCUUUCUCCCACUUUGGACAUUAUUUCACAGAUAUAUAAACCUCAUUUGCCUAGUUUCCAACAGACUUCACAACCUCUGAGGAUGCCUGAAAUAGAUGUGGGCGAAACAUCAGGAGAGAAUGCUUCUGGAACGUGGCCAGACAGCCCGGAAAACUCACAGUAAUCCAGUAUAUAAAUAUGUAUAUGACUUCUUGGCUUCUGGAACUUCCCAAGGGAGACAAUUUCUAUUUUUAUUUUGUCAGAAAAGAGGUCUGGGUCGCAAAAACCAGGCCUUUAGAACCACAUGUUUCUGAAUAUAUUUUUUAAAAAGUAUUUAAGUAACUGGAGAAUGCAGCUAAAAUGCAAUAUGUAAUUAUUCUUCCGCUCCUUUUCUGUAUGAGGGAUGGGAUUUUUAGGUAAAGAGAUCCCCAUUUCAAAAGGAAACAGCCUCAAAUGGACCUCCCCCCCCCCCCCCCCCCCAUAAAACUGGAAGCUUUUCAGUUUAAAUGAAAGCUGUGCUAUACUAUAGUGUUAAUUAAAAGGUUAUUCCAAAUAUUAAGCCACUUGAAAGGUUACAGUGAAUGCAGACUUUGGACAAACUACAAUUUUUUAAAAUUUUAAAAAUGGCAUUGGUGCAGAAAAUGCAAUCAGAAAAGCACAAUAUUAUUUGGUCGGUCGGAAAACGAAUUGCAAAUCUUAACUCCAUUGGUUCUGCUGAAAGUAUACCUGGAAUUUUUAUUUUGUGUGUCAGAAGCAACUUAAGAACAUACUGCAAGUCAAAGGGUUGCUGUGCAAGUCGUUCCUGGUUUGAGAGAAUUGGCUGUCUACAGAGAAGUUGCCCAGGGCAUCCAGGGAUCUGUAGUUUGCUGAGGCACCAGCACUCUUUGGCAGAGAAGGCCAAAGAACUUGUAAAACUACAACUCCCAGGAUUCCAUAGCUUUGAACUGUGGCAGUUACAGUGAUGCCAAACUGCAUACAUUCGGCAGUGUAGAUACACCUUAUGUCAAUGGGUCAAACCCUUCUGCCGGCUGGACUGCUGACCUGAAGGUUGGGUUGCUGACCUGAAGUUUGCUGGUUUGAAUCCGCGACAUGGGGUGAGCUCUCGUCUGUCAGCUCAAGCUUGCGGGGACAUGAGAGAAGCCUCCCAGCAGGAUGGUAACACAUCCGGAUGUCUCCUGGGGAACGUCUUUGUAGACGGCCAAUUCUCUCACACCAGAAGCGACUUGUAUUGCGCGAAAUUGCUAUGUGUGUGUGUAAAGAAAUCCUUGCAAAGUUGUUUCCAAAAGAUCUCUGCAAAAGAGCUCAGCUUUGCAGAGGCAAAGCCACGCCUCAAACAAUGUAUCUGUUUGCUGGCAGAUGGCUGAGUUUGUCAGUUGGGAAUCUGGCCUUCCAAGGAGAGCACAGAAAAGACAGGCUCUCUAGCUACGGUCAAGUAGCAGUUUAAAUAUGCUAUGCUGGAUAUAUUGAAUGCUGAUUGAUUAGUUAUUGAUCCUAUGCAACUACAAGGACAUUGUACGAUUGCUGAACUGUUUAUUUAACUUCAACUCAACAAGUAAAGUUCCUUUUGUUCUUUCAAUUCCUCUGCCUGGUCUGAGUCUUUUGCACAUGGUGUUAACUGGACACUGCUAGUUCCGCUAUAUUCACUCCCUAACAACUUGCAGUAUGUUCUCAAGUUGCUUCUGACAUGGUAAAAAACUUCAGGCAACAAACUCCCUUAAAGUGACCCAGGAAAAGCACAAUAUUGCCACGUGGAGAACCCACUUCGGCUCCGCUGCUUGAGACAGAUGUGGAAGAAUGGAUCCAUCCCAUCUGGACUGCAAUCUCUACUGUCGUCAUUCGAUGGCCUCCUGGGCACAAGGAGAAAUCCUUUCUAACCCUCUUGUGCUUCUUCAUGAAUGAACAAUGAGGAUUCAACAAUAAAAAACCUGUUCGAUCUUA